AUGUUCAAGCGCUCGUUCCGGUCGCAGGACCAGAACCGCGUCGACAAGUCUGCUCGGCUGAAGAAGCAAGCUUCCUUCCGGCACCCGACGAAGCACUCGAAGCGGCAGAGAUCGAUGACGGAGCAGGAUUCGACGGCGCGACGGCCCUUGGUUUCGCCCGUCGUGACGCUCAUUAUCGGCCGCGAGGGCCGCCUGUUCGCCGCCCACGAGGACGUCCUCCGCAAGUCCCCCUUCUUCGACGCCGCCUGUCGCGAGAGCUUCUCGGGCCCGCAGAACGGGAGAAUCUCCCUCCCCGACGAGGAACCCGAGGUCUUUUCGGCCGUUCUCGAGUACCUCUACAAGGGCGACUACUACCCGCGUCUGCUCCACGACAAGCAGCGCAACUCGUGGGAGCUCGAGGACCGUCCCCGCACGCCUCGGCCGUCUCCCAACUCCGCCCAGGCUUCGGUCCGUCUCUCGAGCACCGGGGCCGACGUGCUCCGCGACACCGUCGUCUACUGCGCCGCGGACCGCUACGGCCUCGACGAGCUCCAGCGUCUCGCCCUGCGGAAGCAGGGGCUGCAGGCCGGCAUCGACGUCGCCACCAUCCUGCGGUCCGCCCAGUACGCCUACGCGCACACGCCCGACUCGGACAGCCGCCUUCGGGCCCAUUACCUCGCCCUCAUCAUCCGCUGCCGCAAGACCUUCAAGCGGAGCGGCACCAUGCAGGCCGAGAUGGAGACGGGCGGCAGCAAGCUCUUCUUCGACCUGUUCGUGGCCAUGUGCAACCACCUCGACGACGUCGUGGACGCGACCAACGCGCGCACGCCGCGGACCGUUUGA